UGUUGAGCAAAGGUGGGGUAAAAAAAGGAUUGCAGUUCCGUCGCAGUUCCGUCUUUCUCUGUGAAGUUUGAUACAUAUUUGCAUUUGCUUCAAGUGUUGCUUACUAUCCAGUUGACCGUGUGUCUUAAAGAAUUUCAAUGGCGCCAAAGAGACCUGUACCACUUGGAUGGGGGCUUCGUGUCAGCAGAACUUGGGGGAAACUUUUCUACUGUAACUUGAUAACUGGAGAUUUUCAAUUAACAAAACCCACAAGCAUGGCAUCUUUAUGCACUGAUGAAGAGUUUAGCCUAAGCGAUGAAGGACCUCUGAGGAAAAAGAAACCUAAAAUGAUUCAAGUUCGUCAUAUCCUUGUAAAGCAUUACUUGAGUGAUCAUUCGCCAAUGUGCCGAGUGCUAAAUGGGGAAUAUACAAUUCGGUCACCAACAGAAGCUUAUGAACGCGCUAUAGAUAUACGCAUCGAAAUAUUGACGGAGAGGUGUCCUUUUGAUAUAGCAGCUUAUAGAUAUUCAGAAAGCUCGACCGCAUUCAAGGGUGGCAAGUUGGAUCCUAUUUAUAAGGGCCAUGAUAUGGAUGAGGCAUUUGAAGAGGCAGCCUUCGCCUUACAGAUCGGUGAAAUUAGCCAACCGGUUGAAACCAACGUUGGCUACCAUAUCAUACAGAGAAUUUCGUGAAUUGUUUUUUUCCUAUGUAUACAUAUACUUAUUGCAUGCUAGAUGCACAAGAGUUUUGUCAGAUUUUUUUUUAUAUUUACAUAUCGUUAUACAUUUCGUAUUUUAUUUUACUUGAAAAAAUCUU